GGUGGGUAAGACACUUUUUAAUUAAAUUCUUUCAUGAAGAAAGAUUUUUUUUUUCCUUUGCUGCAGCAUUUAACAUGAACAAAAUCACUAUCAUUUUACCUUUGAAUGUCUGUGAACUUUAAUGCUGCACAGCUCCUGCAUGCUGUAAAGUGAAAUAUUUGCCUCUGUGUUUGUUCUGUUUGCUGUUUUGCUUUGGUUUUCGGGCUUUGUUUUGUUGGUUUGCCUUUUUUUUUUCCCUCCCUUAAAUAAAAUAUGAUGUAGAAUUUGAAAAGAUUCAAUGGACAUUCUCAAGCAUAUUUGGAAAUAUUCUUGCUAAUGGAUUUCCUUCUUAUUGGUCUCUGUUUAAACUGGCUGCUGAGGAAGCCCCCAGGGUUGAUAUUGUGUACGCUGGGUAUCUUUUCUAAAAUGCUUCCAGCUGUGAAUAGUGGGUGUCCACAGCUCUGUCGGUGUGAGGGCAGGCUUUUGUACUGUGAAUCACUGAAUCUCACAGAGAUGCCUCGCAACCUGUCGGGCAUGAUGGGCUUGUCUCUGCGGUACAACAGCCUUUCAGAGCUGCAUGAUGGACAGUUCACAGGGUUAAUGCAGCUCACGUGGCUCUAUCUGGAUCACAAUCACAUUUGCUCAGUGGAGGGGAAUGCCUUUCAAAAAUUGCGGCGAGUUAAAGAGCUCACCCUGAGUUCCAACAAAAUAACUCAACUGCCCAACACCACUUUCCGCCCCAUGCCAAACUUGCGCAGUGUGGAUUUAUCGUACAACAACCUACAGUCUUUGGAGCCUGACCUGUUCCACGGGCUGAGAAAACUGACAACUUUGCACAUGCGGUCGAACGCCAUCAAGUUCGUGCCAGUGAGAAUUUUUCAGGACUGUCGCAGCCUGAAGUUUCUAGACAUAGGAUAUAAUCAGUUAAAGAGCCUGGCUCGAAACUCUUUUGCAGGCUUGUUCAAACUCACUGAGCUGCACCUCGAGCACAAUGACUUGGUGAAAGUGAAUUUAGCCCAUUUUCCCAGGCUCAUCUCCCUGCACUCCCUCUGCUUGCGAAGGAAUAAAGUUACCAUCGUAGUAAACACUUUGGACUGGAUAUGGCAACUCGAAAAGAUGGAUCUCUCCGGCAACGAAAUCGAAUACAUCGAACCUCACGUUUUUGAAAGUGUACCUCAUCUCAAAUCCCUGCAGCUGGACUCCAACCGGCUGACCUACAUCGACUCCCGAGUCCUCGACUCCUGGAAGUCCCUCACGAGCAUCAGCCUUUCCGCCAACGCCUGGGAUUGCAGCCGGAACGUCUGCGCCCUGGCCUCCUGGCUGAGCAACUUCCAGGGUCGCUACGACAGCAACCUGCUCUGUGCCACCCCCGAGUACGCCCAGGGCGAGGAUGUUUUGGACGCCGUGUACGCCUUUCACUUGUGCGAGGACAACGCCGACCCCACGAGCGUCAACACCUUCUCCCCGGUGACCAACAACAGCGAGCAGACGCUCGGCUAUGGCUCGGCCACCGCCACCUACGACGUGCCCGACGGUGACGAGGAUCGGACCACGUACGCCGUCACCAUCACCAUACCCGGCGAGAACUCCGAGAACGCCGUGCAGAUUCACAAGGUGGUGACGGGCACCAUGGCACUGAUUUUUUCCUUCCUCAUCGUGGUUUUGGUGUUGUACGUCUCCUGGAAGUGCUUCCCAGCCGGCUUAAGGCAACUAAGACAGUGCUUUGUCACACAGCGCAGGAAGCAGAAGCAAAAACAGACCAUGCACCAAAUGGCUGCCAUGUCAGCCCAGGAGUAUUACGUUGAUUACAAACCCAACCACAUUGAGGGAGCCCUGGUGAUCAUUAAUGAGUACGGAUCUUGUUCCUGUCACCAGCAGCCAGCGAGGGAAUGCGAGGUGUGAUUUUCCUUUGGGAUUUAAACAGUGUGCAACCAAAUAACAGCGUGCAGGCAGACAGUGGCACGGGGUGGGGGGGGGUUGCUGGGCUUUGCUGGUGAUUUCUGACAUGCACCUCUGCCCAAAUUGUUUAAGAGAGGCUGUCCGAGAGACUUGAUAUUUUAGCUUUAUCGUGUCUUAAAAUCCUUCAGGACGGCCAAUCUUAAGGUUUCAUAUGCUAAUACUCCCUUUGAAGAUCUGUCAAUAUUCAGGAAUCUGAGAGUGUAAAAAAGGUACCAAUUAUUGAUCUUUUGUAAACUAAGAAAACUGUUUAAAAUAAAAAAAAAUAGCAUUUACAGUU